UAUGAAAACGUUAUAGGAAACAACGUACAUAGUAAAAAAAGAUCCAGAGAUGAGUUUUAAGUGCGAUUUGUGAUGUGUAAUGGACGAGACAAGUGACACUGAAUGAGAAAUAAUAGUUAAAUAAUUGCCGUUGGUUUCUAUGUUUUUUAGAUCUUUUAAGUAAAAAUAAAAAAUGUCGAAUAACGCUCUAAAACGCGACAACAUAAGCGCCUCGGCGAAUGUUCUGAUGUGCCGCCAAUGGUGGAAGGUAUGUUGGAUGUACGGUGAUCAGGAGAAGUACUACAGGCAACUCUACGGGAAAAAAUCCGAAAACUUGGACAAGAAUGCUAGUGCGAAAAAUAAAAGUUUGCAGCAUUUUCAAAAUUUCUACGAAAACGCUUUGGCCGAUCAAAAGAACGCGUCUCGAGUGAACGAAAGUUUUUGUGUCGAUGAAAUAAGGACAACGCCAUCGCCCGACAGGGAUAGGAAUAGUUCGCCAGGAUUUGAGAGUCUCAACAUCGCAACAGAUUUUGACGAGUAAGUAUUUUUAAUUUGUCAUUAAUACUAAUUAUUGUAAUUCCGUUCAUUGUGCUCGUUAUUUUUGCAAUUAC